CGCCUCCACACCGUAACUCUACCGUAUACAUAUCCUCUUCCUCAAAAUUCUCAACCGCUUCGAGAGCUCUGAAGAGGGGUUUUUUUUUUUUUUUUUUUAAAUCAACUGUACACGCUUCGAAACCCUAACCCUAAUCUCUUCGGAUCGAGGUAACUUCCUCUACUCCCUAGCUUAGUACAAUGGAAACCCUAGCUUCAUCGUCAAGUACCUCAUGGUUCCCGACCUUCUUCUCGAUCUUUUGCGUCGUAUACCUCUUCGGAUACUUCGUAGUUUUUCGAAAUUGGGGCCCGAAGCACCGCCCUGAUGCUUCAAGCUGCUUCAUUUCCCUCUUCCAUGGAUCCCCCGCGGUGUUUCUGGCGAUCGCCGCGAUCUUAAACGACCAAAGCCGGGGCUUUGCGUUCGCCGCCCCGAAUUCCCGGUUCCAAAACCUGGUUCUUGAUUUCAGCAUCUCUUAUUUCUGCGUCGAUCUCCUCCACUACCUCGUUCUCAUCCCCGGGGACUAUCUCUUCAUUGCCCACCAUCUGGCGACCCUGUUUGUGUUCGUGACGUGUCGGUACCUCGUUCUCCACGGCGCUUUCUCGCUCUUGGUGCUUUUAGUGCUCGCGGAGGUGACGAGUGCUUGCCAAAAUGUGUGGACCUUAGCGGGGCUUAAGAAAUCGGAGCUCGCAUUCGCGGCGAACGUGUAUAGGUUCUUGUCGCCGCCGUUCUACGGGUUGUAUACUCUAAUGAGGGCGGUUCUUGGGCCAUGGUUCUUUCUCAAGAUGAGUUCUUUCUAUUUGAGUGGGAAGGCGGGUGGCUUGAUUCCGACCUGGGUUGCGGUUUCUUGGAUUGUUGUCGUGGGGGUAGCGAUUGCGGUUAGUAUAUUGUGGAUUUGGAGUCGGUGGAUGGAGUUGUAUAGAGAGAAGAAGGGGAGCUUACAGAAGAAGGGGACGUAGUAGUUGGUGUGUGUUUCGGUAGAUAUAUAUAUAUAUACGACGGGGGUAUCGGUGAAGUCCAUCUGCAAAGGCUUAGCUUGUGAUGGAGAUUGACGAAUACAAUUGUUUGACGUCUUCGAAUUGUUUGAUCAGCUUUCACGCGCGCCAAACCUAUUAUUCUGUCGUUAGAUGUGAUAUUGUCCUAUUCCCUGGUGCUCUUUGUAAUGGGCACCUAAUUAUCUAUGGAGCAGGGACGCUCUAAUGAGUCACAGAUGCAACGGUAUAAGGACAUGGAAACAUGAUGGAUGCUAAAGAGUAGGAUAUGGAGAUUGUCUAUAUGAUUAAAUAUGUAUGUUAAUGUAGGCAUGUCUGUAUGUAGUAAGCUAUUAUCCUUACUGAUGGACAUAUUUAAAAGUAAAAAAAAGAAAGACCUUAUUUCAUUAUUUAAACUCAUAAUUCUAAAAGACUUAAACAAAAAUUUGAAAGUCUAAUCCAGUACUUGAUUUUGUGAUACCCCAUACUAAAGUAGUACCCCACUUAUGUCAUGAAUUUUUCAUAUAUGUUUAAGUCGAUACAUUGCUUCAAGGCACUCAACAUGCAAUCAUUAGUUUUUGUUUUCAUAAAACCAUAGCUGCAACAGAAGUGAUUGAUUUUUAUUCUUGAUAGCUUCACUUUGUUUGCAUAA